AGUUCAGUUCAAUCCUGUGACUCGAGUGCGAAGCACGCGUUUUUGAUUUAUGUUCGUGGGGGAGCUGUCAAGAGUGUUGUCAAGUGCUGAAAGUUCUGUGUCUGUUCUGUGUGUUUCCUCGAACAGUGUUGCGACGCGCUUAACCCAUAAGCCGCUGCCUGCUGCCUGCUAAAAGCCUAAUGUGUGGGCUUUUUUUGUGUCGGGUUCUUGGAGUUGCUUAAUGGCGCCGAACCGUGCGUGUUAAUGGCCAGUUAAUGGCUGGGUGAUUAAGGUGCAAUAAACAUAUGCAUAAUUCAGCCAACCAAAAAAACCAACAAGAGCGAACCAAACGUCGUCGAGAACAACAACAAAAAAAGCGGUAAUCAAAUCGUGUUAAUUCCAUCAAUCUAACAACUGUCAUUGGAAACAGAAACAAAUACAAACAACAAGCACACAAGGAAAAGCACUUUGCAACUUUUUGUGCAUGUAACAAGCUAAAGCAAAACAUUUGAUCUAGCCACACCCAGGACUAGUACGACUAGGACUAGUGCGUGGGGGGUGCGUGGGGAUGCUGCAAAGUCGAAUCCCAAUCCCAGUCCGAAUCUGAAUCUGAAACCCAAACCAAAGUGGUGAAAGUGCUAAGCCGCAAAACAACAAGAUAAAUUACUUGGGCCUCCGUCGUUGUCGCAUAUUUCGUUAUCUAAACCAAAUCAACAACAACAACCAACAACAACCAACAACAACAAUAACAAUUGUAUCUGUGCGAUUCAGCGAGUGUCGUGUUGCGUGUCGUAAUCGUUGCAUACUUUGAGGCGCUCGCCGAUGCGCACAUGGCGUAUGAUUUAUGCGCUUGUUGUUCUUGGUGCUGCUGCUGCUGCUGUGAAACAAGUUGGAGAACAGCAAAUUAGUUUAAAAGCAAAACAAGCAAAUUGAAUUUACAGUAAAACAAAAGCACACACAAAAUAACAAAAAAAACAAAGUUUUACACGCGCCACAAAAAAUAAAAGAAAAUAAAAAAAAAAGACAAGCAAAGUUACGUGAGUAAGAGAAAAGAAAUCUUGAAAACAAAUUAACUGCUGAGCGGGCACUAAAAAGCGCCAAAAGGAAGUUCACGCGAAUAGGAUAUAGAUAUCGAAAUCUAUAUAUAUACACAAGUAUAUACAUUUAAAAAGAUACACGCUACUCGACUCAUCUUGUUAUUGGUCCCGUGUGAGCGCUUAGCUUACUCCGCAGCUGGAGCGUUUUCUGGCAGGACUCUUGUUGCUCUUUCAAACGCUGACUCUAAUUGGACGAGCAGCAACAACAACAGUAACAAAGAUAUCAUAUAAAAGACCACAGCGAAUUACGCGCUUAAGUGAGGACUGACAACAACUACAACGAUCAUAACAAUAAAGUGGGGCUAACAAGACCCCGGGAAAAAUACCGAAAAUAAAAAUAAAAAUACAAAAACGAGCAAAAUGUUGUUUGCCCGCCCAGCAGCGAGAAUGUCCAGAGCCAAUUUCGGAUUACUCAACUGGCUCAUCAGUUGGCUGCUGUUGAUGCUGCUUAAAGGCUAUAAUGCUGCGAUAGCACCAACGCCACCAACAACAACAACGACAACGGUCUCACCCUCGAAUCUGUUGCCCUAUUUCGACUUUGAUGUGCCACGCAACUUGACCGUCACCGUGGGCCAAACAGGAUUCCUGCAUUGCCGCGUCGAGCGACUGGGGGAUAAGGAUGUCUCGUGGAUACGCAAACGUGAUCUGCAUAUCCUCACCGCUGGCAGCACCACCUACACCUCCGAUCAGCGUUUUCAGGUUCUGCGACCAGAUAACUCUGCCAAUUGGACACUGCAAAUCAAAUAUCCACAGCCGCGUGACUCUGGCGUCUACGAGUGUCAAAUCAACACAGAGCCGAAGAUGUCCCUCUCCUACACAUUCAACGUUGUGGCAGAGCUCAAAGCGGAAAUCUUUGGACCCAGCGAUCUGAUGGUUAAAACGGGCAGCGACAUUAACCUAACCUGCAAAAUUAUGCAAGGCCCACACGAGCUGGGCAACAUAUUCUGGUACAAAGGCAGCGAAAUGCUCGACAGCAAGAAUGAGAACGAAAUCGACAGCUCCAUGGCCAGGAUACGAGUUGAGGAUGAUUGGUCGGAUGGCCUGACUUCCAGAUUAAAAAUCAAGCGUGCCAUGCCCGGCGACACCGGCAACUACACCUGUGUGCCGACAGUGGCAAAAACCUCCAGCGUCUACGUGCACGUAAUUAUUGGUGAACACCCGGCGGCAAUGCAGCACAAUUCGAGCAGCAACAGCAACAGUUUCUAUUGCGGAAUUUGUUGCAUGCUGCUGAGCAUCGUCUCCUGCUGCCUGCAGCAUUGGUAUGUGAGUGGUGCGACGUCUGAGACAAUGGCCGCGCUGUUGCAACUGUCAAAGUUGCCACCGAGGCAAUUGUCGCACUACCCAACAACAGUUGCUGCGACAGCAGCAGCAGCAGCUGCAGCAACAGCAACAGCAACUACAUUUAAUGCCCGCCCCCGUCCCAGCAAUCGCCUCGAUAGUCGACGGCUUGUGCAGUGCAUGAGAUGAAGGAAUGGAACCCCCAAGGAUAUGAUGGUGAACUCUACAAUCAUCGCAAUGCUAUUGAUAACGAUGACGAUGAUGAUGGGAAUGAUGAUAUAAGGAAGCUGCAGUUUAGUUAAAUUCAAGACAUGAUUGAAUCGAAUCGAAUCGGAUCGCAUUGAUUUCGUAUUUAAAGAUAAACAUGCACUUAGUGAAUAACAAAAAACUCUCUAACUUUAAGCGAUUUCGAGUAAGUUUAGCCAAGCAGACGGAAAACGGAAUCAACCAUGGAGAACAACACAAAAAAUAUAUAUAAAAAGCAAACAAAAUAAUCAGAAUAAAUAAGUAUCUCUUUAUAUAUAAACAUAUAUCGAUAACUAGUUAAGAGUUAAGCCAACUGUAGAACAGCAAACAGCAAAUGCACUUGUGGUCACAAAAGUAAUUCACAAUUUGCAAUAAAUAUUUCUUUUGAUGUAAGUAUUUUGUUAUCUUAAUAUUGUCAGAUAAAACCCAUUUUGUGAUCACUUGGCGCAUUUGUUGGCGCACCACUUCACAUGCCAAUAGAAAAACAGUUUACCGACAUUUCUCAUUAUGAAUUAAGACUUACUAGCUAUAAAUAUGCUUCAUAUUCAACCCCCGUCAGUCAGUCGAUCGUAUAAAAACUUCUGUCGCUCACUGUUAUUCGAUUAGCCCAAAAAUCAAAACACAAUACAACAAAAUAUUCGCUGUAAAUAAAUAGCAUUCCGCAGGUUUUUAGUGUAUUCAAAUUCGUAUAUUUAAAGUUUAUUUUCAGUAGUACUGAGUAGCAUCCAAAAUUUUCAUAUGAUUUGCUCAUUUAAAUCGCAAAUUUAAAACCACAUAAAAGAACAUCACAAGUCGAUUUUUAGCAAACCCUGGCAGAUGAGGUAUUUUAUAUAUAUAUAUAUUUUUAAAUAUUAAAAGAGUGAUAUUUCAUUUAUCAAUAUAGUCUCUUCUACUUUUCAUAUGCUAUAAUCAAUCAAUUGAAGAAACAGUGUUUUUAAUAAUAGAUAUUUAAUUAAAUUUACCAUUAAUUUAGAUUAGAAAUUGCAAUUGUGUUGUCUUUAUAAUUUUGCACAAAAUUCAAUGCUCGAUAUUGUCAUUCAACACUCGAUUAGUUCUUAACCCCACGUUCAAAGUGGAAAACUAUCUGCUAGGGUAAAACAGUAUGAAAUCAAUCAGAAUUU